UAAUUAAUUAGCGGAUGAGUGUUUAAGGCAGGCUCAGUGCGCGUGACAAAAACAAGAUACAAUAAUGCUAACUACUAAAGGCACGACUAGCAUUGCUUUUCACCUUGCGGAAGCAAGACGCAAUGUGGGCGAGGCCGCCUGUGCCACACCCCUGUGGGCGUUGGUAGCGGUUCACUUUACGCAUGAGUGAACACAGAGUGAUUACGCCUCUGUGCAUUCCACAAGGCCGCUGACUUCAAUCCUGCUGACGACAGUGGCAUUGUGCUCACCAUCGUGCAAGCUCUGUUAACAAUGAUAUAAGUUAUAACAGAUAUUUGAUGCCGUCGGCAGCACGGAGUACGACUAACUGUCGCCCUGUGACGUCACAUGAAGUAAGACGGUCGGCGGUUGGCCCUCAACCUGACCUCCGGUGACGUCACAGCACGAGAGUUCACCGUGUGCAACACAACUGUCAGCGUCGUCAGUCAUGGUGGGAGAUGUUUGCCAGUCCCUACACAUACUUGUGACCACUUACUGGACUGUACAUCGUUCUCCGAGAUGACUUCGCCCCACAAGACUGUUGUGGCCGCGGCCACCACCGACGAUCGACAUGUGCGAAAGGGGUCAGAUCCGCUUGUGCAGACUGCCCGAGGCAAGUUACAGUCUCGACGUGCCAAACUGAAUGAACAAAUCAAUAAGGAACUACGCAUGAGAACAGGUGCUGAAAAUCUUUUCAGAGCAACAGGAAACAAGAAGCUGAAGGAGCAAGUGGCAGUUGAAUUAUCUUUCUUCAACUCCAACAUUCAACUCUUGAAGGAGGAACUGAGUGAACUGAACAGCUCCGUUCACAUUUAUCAGCAUGACAAUUGUGUCAAGUACACUCCCAUGAUCCCUUUGGGACUGAAAGAGACAAAGGAUUUGGAUUUCAGCCAACCAUUGAAGGAUGUCAUAAUGGAGCAUUACAGCGAGGAUCCAGAGAAAUAUCUGAGUGAGAUCAGUGAACUGACACAAGUGCGUCAGGCAAUCCGAACACCAGAGCGCACUUACACUGGCAUUGAGUUGCUAAUUGAUUAUUUCAAUCAGCUUUAUUAUGUUGAGAAGCGCUUCUUCCACCCAGAACGCCCACUGCCUUUAUAUUUUCACUGGUAUGAUUCUUUAACAGGCGUACCUAGCAUUCAAAAAGCAAUUGGUUUUGAAAAAGGAAGCAUUUUGUUCAAUGUUGGAGCACUUUAUACACAGCUAGCCUGCAAGCAGGACCGUACAAAGAGGAAUGGGGUGGUGACAGCUUGUGAAGAUUUUGAGCGGGCAGCAGGUGCUUUUCGCUAUCUGGAAAGUCACUUCCGCAAUGCUCCCAGCAUGGACAUGCAGUCAGAAACUUUGAGCAUGUUGACCUCACUCUUACUGUCCCAAGCCCAGGAAUGUGUGCUGGAAGAAAAGCUUAUGACAUGGGGCAAAGAGGGUGUCCUUGUAAACGCUCGUCUGGCCAGAGAAGCUGCCAUGGUGUCAGAGAAAUAUCGUGACACGCAUCGCAAGAUGUCUUCAGAAGUGGUGAAGAGCUACCUGCCCUUCCCCUGGAUAACAAUGGCUCAGACAAAACACUAUUUCUACAAAGGUUGUGCACAUUUCUAUGUUGCCAUGGCACUACUAGAACAGACAGACAGUGAAGAUAUGGACAAGUUGCAAGCAAUGUUUGAGAGUCUGUAUCUGGGGACAGAGUCACAAGAUGAAAACAAUGGAUUGCAAAUACCUCAGUCUGAAGAAGAGCGGAAAAUUUUAGGAAAAGCGCACUUACGCGAGGCAGUUCUAAGCCACGAAGAGGCGCUAAGAGUUCAUGACCUUUGUAAGCAAAUGCGAAAGAUUGACACAUUUCGUGAUAUUCUACAAAAAGUACACGCAAGGUCCAUACAGAAGUUUUCAGGUCUUGAAGAAGAAGAUGACUUCACUCAGCUCCUGACAGCCCCAAGGAUUUUUGGCAGGACAGAGCAUGAUACUGUGCCAGUUGCCCCAGACUUUUCAAAAUCUAAAACCACUGACAUCUUUUGGAAAUUGGGACCUAUUGCCAUUUUCAAUUCUCGUAACCAAUGGUCACCGCCACGUACGGUGGUGUUACAGCGGUCACCAUCAGAAGGCUUCGGCUUUAGUGUACGAGGGGACUCACCUGUUAUUGUGGCAGACCUAGAACCAGAAAGUGUAGCAGGACAGAGUGGAAUUCGUGUUGGUGAUUUUGUGGUAGGAGUAGCAACAGUGGACACCAAGUGGGCUCGCCAUGAAGAAGUGGUGCAGCUGGUGCGGCAAGCAGGGACAGAGUUACGCCUUGUGCUCAUUACACCCAUGGAAAUCAAUUUGCCUGACAUGUCACUGACACGACCUUUCUCUACAGUCAGCCUACCAACCUCUCCAGUGAAUGAGAAGGCACGCAGUCGAAGGGACAGCACUUCAAGUGACCGCAGCAGCCGGAGCCGAAUUAGUGCUCCUUGGAUAUUCCGACGGAAUUCUUCACGUGAUAAAGCAGAACAAUCUAAAACAUCACCUGAAGAUACCGAUGUGGACACAGUCUCUCGAUAAAGCUGCUAGUGGAAUGGAUGGGCAAGAGAUGCUAGAAGUUUGGUUUGCUUCGUGUGAUGAGUGAGAAUUUGACCAUGUGCUGUGCAAUGCAAAACUUCGGCUGAAUGUUGUGGAUUCUCAGACAGUUGUGGAUUCAGACUUCAAAGAGCAACAGAAAUGAAUACAAACUACAAGGUGGUUGCUACAUGUAGGGCUGACUCUCAACAGCGAGUAAAACAUUUAUAUAUUACACAUCAGAGGAAAAUGGUAUUAAAUUAAGGCCAAACUAAACUAUCUUGGCUGAGCCAGUCUUGCACUUGCAGCCUGGUGGUGUAUGCUUGUCAGAUCUUGCAGAUGAAUGAUGGUGAUCUUACAGCUGAAUGCGCCUGAUUUUACUGAUAUCUUGUGAUAUUUUACUGCAGAUUGGCAGGUUUUUUUUUCUAAGUUGUUUAUUUGCUGUGUUAAAGAGAGAAAUUGCAGGCCUUUGGUCUUCCAAGAAAUGCGUGUUCCCACCUGUUUUUAAAUAUUAAUGACUUGGGCUUUGUGCUGAUGUCUUGUGUGAUGUAUAUUCAUCCCCUGCGCCAAGCAUACUCAUCAAGUUCAUUUAAUUUGUCAUAAAGAUGUAUAUGGAAAACUCACAGAUGGGUGACAAGGACUCAGGGGAGAAUAUCCCAAAUAACUUUUUGUUUGAGAGGGGAAUGACAGGGUGUUGUUUGCUGUGCCUGCUGAACAAUACUUUCCACAAUAUUGUAAAUCAUAUUUUUUUGAGAGUUUAUCUUCCUUUCCAAAAGUUGCUAUUUUCUUGAUGCAGCUGUAAAAUUUUAAUGCAAUAUUUUAAGUGAAGCAGUUCAAACAAUGUUUUGUGCAGUGCGCCAUGCAUUGUUUUACUCUUUGCGUAGGCACCAGUAUAUCUUGCAAGUCACUGAAGCCAGCAAUAUCAGUCUUGUGUGGAGGAGGUGGAUAGAAAUUUUGCUGAUUCUGAAUGUAAGAACUGCAGGGCAUAUCAUUAGUUAUUUUGCCAUAACAUUAGAUGAAAAAUUUGCUGUCCCUGAUUUGGUAUAUUGAUUAAAAAGGUUACCAUCCUUAAAAAUAAUAGAAGUGCUACUGUAUACUCUAACAUUUAUAACAAGGGUAAGAGCUUGGAAAACAGAUACUAUAUCAUAGGUGUAAAAAUAAAAUCCUUUUUUUGUUUGAGGGUAGCGUGAAGGUCUUAAAUAUAAAUGUUAACACUUUAUUUUCAGAUAAACAAGAGAUAUGACAAAAAAUUUAAAAUGCAGAAAUAAGUUUUAAGAAUUGUAUCACAGCACAGAAAAAAUGUGAAAAGAUGCACAGAUAAAGUCUUUCAGUUACCUCAGUAUCUGAGAUGGGUUUUCACUGGAAAUUGGUGUUAAUAAGUGCUGUUAGGUGGUUGUGGUUGUGGUUGCUGGUUUAACAUGUUUCCUCUUUGACCACUGUUAUUUUUGUGAACAUUUCUACAGUAUGUGGAUAUUAAGAUUUGUUUCUGUGAUGUGAGGGUUGGGAGUAAAAGCUUUUCAAAGCGUGCUUGAAAACAUGUCUGACACAAGUAGGUUUCACAUAAGCCUCAAAAAUUGUUUCAUUGUGAUCUGAAGUUGACAUGCUAGUUACUAACCCACUGAUUUAAAAAAGACAGGGUUCCCAAGGGGUGGAGAUAAGUGACUCUCCUGAAGACAGUAUUUUCAUUGAUCUAUCUGUAUUGCCCUCAACAGACAAACUGGACACUCAGGCUAGCUUUUUUGACUAUCUUUCUGCAGUUUAUCAUACUGCGUCUGACCUCUUGGGUCUUCAGUUAUCUUCAUAGUGACUGUAAGCACAAAAUUAAGAUCAAUAGCUGUGUGGCAGAUUUUUAAAAACCUAAAGAAACACCUGAUUUAUGUUGUUCUUAGUCAGCGUGUUGCCUUGUAUAUUGCAACAGUUUUUGAUUCAUUUACAUACUUGUCAAUGCAGAUAUAUCUAUUCAGCUUGGCAAAAAACUUUUAGAGCAUCUUACCACAGGCUUUAGUGGCUAAAUGAUUUUUUUGUGGCUUUUUUAAAAGAAAAGUAUUACUUAUAACAAGCAUUGAUAACAAUAAAAUACUUUGUUAUGAUUGUCAUGAAUGCCUCUCUAGGAGUAGGCAAGACAGCUUUUAUUAUGUCAGAAUUGCAUGGGGUAAAUCUUCAUACUUAUAAAUGAGGAUUGACAGAGCAAAUUACCAUCACUGUCACAGCUUAUUACUCAUUACACGCUCACACACUAACCCUUAUAUAUUACAUGAAAUGUCUUGUACACACACAUAAACCUACCUUACACACAUAUGCAUACAUGCACAACCAAAUGCUUUUAUAAAUAUAUGCAUGCACACGCUGGCUGACAAACAGCUUAGUAUGUAGCAUAUGGAUGGUGUAGGGAAUAAAGUUGCUACUGUACCUUUCUAUCAAGAAACUAUUUGUUGCCUGCUCAUCGCAGCUGUUAGUUUUCAACAGUUGCUUAGCCUAACAAUGUCAUUCCUAUCAGAGAUCUUUCCCAUCAGAUAACGUGUAUGUUGUGAGGUGUGAGAUGCAUUGAGGUAUUACUGAAAGUUGGUUACUUUAAUCUCCUUACUUUGUGAUACAUUGCCAUAAUUUGAAUUGUUGGAAGCAACAGAUUUUAUAUACUAGGCUAGCAUUCAAAAUACAGUUAUCAGGGUUUUAAAAGUAUUCAUUUUUCAUUAGAUAUGACUGCACUUUUAUGUAUGAAAGUUUUGUUUAAUUAGAAAAUUAGGAGAUUUAUUCCUGAUUUCGUUUAGCAGCUGUUGUUUUAUUACCAUGCUUGCAUCAACACUGAAUCGGUGCCGCUAAUUGUGAGCAGAAUGACAAGAAUAUUAUGUUACUUUGAGCUGUGUGUUGCUUCAGUUUUUCUUUGUUGUAAGGAUUAGGCAUUUGGGUUUACUCUAAACUUUGCUGACAGUGUACCUGACUUACUACUUGGAUUUGUGUCAAACUAAAACACUUUUGGUUUGAAAGUGAUCUUCCAGAAUGCUAUACAAUACCAAGGAUUUUAAAUGUUUUACUGCCAUGUGAAGAAUACUGGGAAGUUUGCUGCCUAAUUGUAUAAGUUUUUGGUAUAUUCAAAAUGAAAUUUCCAGUAGAUAUGAACAGUAUUUAGCCAGAUCUGGAAAUGGUUAUUAUGUUUUUGGAUGUCUGGCUAGUUUUAAACCUCUGCCUAUGUCCAUAUAAAUUCAGGAAAUCCUUGCCUUAUGUUGUAUCCAUUAAUUGUGCCCUGAAUUCUUUGUGAAAUGAAUAAAUCCACCAUGCUUAGUUUAACAUUGAGACGAUCAUUGGUUAGUUUAACAUUGAGACAGUCAUUUAUGUAGAUGUUUUUGGAUACAUGUGUAUCUGCUGAUGUCCAUAGGGGUAUGAUCUUGAAGUUGAAAGAUUUGUUCUCAAGCAGUGGAUCAUCCUUGGUCAAAUAAAGGGCUUUCCAUCUUCUUCCCCACACCUGUUAGAACACAAGACUUAAGCAGCCAUGGCAUCAGUAUGCAUUGCCAGCCACUCUAGCUAUUUUAUCCCAUCAUUACUUACUGGAGCAAUUCUAAUUAGUGCAUUUACUCAUUUUUAUGUCUGUUUGUGACUGUCUUUUGCCUAGGAGCAGUAUUAAAGGCAUGCAUGUUUGUAGUCUUGACUCAACUAUAAGCAUAAACUGUUAGGUACUAGUAUUACAUACGCUAUAAUAUUCAUCUAUCUUUUACACUUUAAAAUUGCAAUGUUUUAUAUGCUGUUGAUGUGAAAUAUCUUAACUUCAGUGAAACUAUCUGCCAAAGAGCAGGCUUGUCUGUCAUCAUUCUGUCUGGUCAUUACCUUACAUGCCCAUCAGGUUAUGUUGACAUGCACAUGCCACAGGCUUUAUGUUUAAACUCUUUUUAUACAAGAUGGUCCAUGCCACCUUUAUUUAAGUAAUAAAAUACCAGUCAAACCUUGU